CUAGAAGAAAUCUUUCUGCCUAUAGACUGGCGAAACACAGUCUCCGCUGACUACAUCCCCUACCAACUCUAUGACUCGCUGCAAGCAAUUGCAUCCAGCAUCUGCGGUCUACUAGCAUCGCGUGAAGCACUCAUCACUGCUGGUGUCUCUCGCAGUGAUGCCUCUGUUGACAGCGCCAUCAUGCUCAAUAUUGCCUCUGAAGCCUGUUCGCGCCUCUUGUCGAUUUGGUUCAGCUGGCGCUAUGCAGCGCACUUUGACGCACAAUCUAAGCGUUUCCGAUUCAUGGCGGAUAUUUUCAAUGAUAGUGCUAUGAUUCUGAGCACCCUGUCAUCGGCUGUGCCUGGGCCGUUCCAGACAAUGGUCGUGAUUGCAGCGAGUUGCCUGCGCGCGCUAUGUGGCGUCUGCGCAGGGAGUACCAAAGCUGCAUUGACCAACCAUUUUGCCAAGUCAGAAGCGUCUGUGGGUGAUGUCAAUUCCAAAGAUGGAUCACAGGAGACCAUCAUCUAUUUGAUCGGACUUGCACUUGGCUCGCUUCUUGUACCGCUGGUGCAGAGCGUCACGGCGAUUUGGACAUUGCUGCUGGUGCUGAUUGCUGUGCACCUGUACAUGAACUGGCUUGCUUGUCGCAGUGUGCAGCUGCGCAACUUGAAUGCUCAACGGUUGGACAUCCUCAAAGCCACAUUCAAGCUGGACGGUCGACUUUUGACGCCGAGUGAAGUGGCACAGCAAGAGGCAGUGCUUGGAGUC